AAAGGCACCCGGAAUUCCGGACUAUGCGGCUUCCUAGUGUGUGACCUGAGAUACGCGGCCGGACUCUACUACCUGGCGGAGCUGAUAGAAGAAUAUACAGUGGCCACCAGCAGAAUCAUCAAAUAUAUGAUCUGGUUCUCCACAGCGGUCCUGGUCGGCCUCUACGUGUUUGAGCACUUCCCCGCCGGCAUGAUUGGCAUGGGCCUUUUCACCAACCUCGUCUACUUUGGCCUCCUCCAGACCUUCCCUUUCAUCAUGCUGACAUCACCUAACUUCAUCCUGUCAUGCGGGCUAGUGGUGGUGAACCAUUACCUGGCAUUUCAGUUUUUUGCGGAAGAAUAUUAUCCUUUCUCUGAGGUCCUGGCCUACUUCACAUUCUGCCUGUGGAUAAUCCCGUUUGCUUUCUUCGUGUCGCUUUCGGCUGGGGACAAUGUCCUGCCCUCCACCAUGCAGCCAGGAGAUGACGUGGUCUCCAAUUACUUCACCAAAGGCAAGCGAGGCAAGCGCUUAGGCAUCCUGGUUGUCUUCUCCUUCAUCAAAGAGGCCAUCCUACCCAGUCGGCAGAAGAUAUACUGACCCUCUGGGGAGGGCAUGUCGGGGGCAAGACCAGUAGAGCCAGGUCUCUGGGCUUCUGGGCUGAUAGUGCCUGGGAGCCUGGAGGGUGUCUUCUGCCAGCCCAGGUUUCCUUCCCCCUCUGUUCAGAAGCCCUAUCCCCAGGGAACCCUCCUCAGGGGGCUUGAAUGCUGCCAGGGGCACCAGAGAGGGUAGCAGAGCCUGCUUUGCCAGGAGGCUAUGUCCCCAGCCCUCCCCUUCCCAGAGUCGGGUCUGGCUCUGAUGGGGCAGGCAGGGAAGGGUCUAUGGAGCGAGGAACGGACAGCAAGUUCUCAGGCAGGUGACCAUAGGGAAGAGCUGAGGGUUGGCACUUCCAGGAAAAGUGCAUUUUGCUGAAUUGUGGGUCUUGUCCAAUGCUGAUUCCCCUUUGAAUAAAGAUUCUAGAUGGCACUUUUUGCCUUAACACCCAGGAGUUCAUCUUCCUCUCUGCCCGCUAACCUUCUGCCUAGAUUGGGCUAGCCUUCUGCUCCAGGGACUCCUCUUCUGCCUCUUGCCCUUCUGCAGAAAUUCUUGUGGCCCUAAGUGGGAAGGGAAUAGAGAUGAGGAUGAAUAGUGGAUAGAGGCCAUUUUUCUGAGACUCCUUCCUCUUUCCAUGGCUUCCUUCCCCAGACUGUGAUAGUCCAGAUGGAAGGGAGCAGAAAUGGUUUGUGACAGGUUAGAGAUGCAGAAGACCAUCUACAGUAUCCUAUUUAUGUCUUCCUUUGAGAAAGAGGAGAGGUUUCUUGGUGAAUUCUAUCUCAGGCUCAAUGAGAAAAAAAAUAAUAAAUUGGCUUCAAGGCA